UGCCAGAGAUUGGGAUGGUCUAACCUGCUGGCCCAGAGCCACUUUUGGGGAGGUGGUUCAAGUUCCCUGUCCAAGAUUUUUUGAAGAAAUCACAAAUAUCCAUGGCUUCCUUCAGAGAAACUGUACACAGGAGGCAUAUUGGUCAGAACCAUUCCCACCAUACACCGUUGCCUGUGGAUUUGAUGAAAACUCCAGUAAAGGACCUGAGGAUCAGAAAUCAUAUUAUUCUGCAUUUUGGCGUGUCUACACUGCUGGCUAUGCAGCAUCAGUGACUUCACUCAUUACAGCUCUAAUUGUCUUUGCUGCCUUCAGAAAAUUCCACUGUACACGGAAUUACAUCCACAUGCACCUCUUUGUCUCCUUUAUCCUGAGAGCCAUUGCUGUUUUCACCAAAGAUGCUGUUUUGUUUGCAGAUGAAACUAUGGACCACUGUCUCAUGUCAACGGUUGCUUGUAAGGCUGCUGUGGCAUUCUUCCAGUUCAGUAUUUUAGCCAACUUCUUCUGGCUUCUCAUAGAAGGGAUAUACCUACAAACACUGCUUCUGCUGACCUUUGUUUCAGACAAGCAGUAUGUAUGGUGGUUCAUAUUUACUGGCUGGGGAGCUCCCACUGCUGUGAUGUUUGUUUGGAUCAUCGCAAGAAUCCACCAACAAAAUACUGGGUGUUGGGAUGAUGAUGAAGAUGGAGUGGUGUUAUGGAUCAUCAAAGGCCCCAUUCUGCUAACUGUAUUAAUUAACUUUAUUAUAUUUAUUAAUGUGAUCAGAAUUCUAGUCCAUAAAUUGAGGUCUCAAGAGGGAGGAGGGAGCCAUUCAAGCCACUUUGUGAGACUUGCUAAAUCCACAUUACUCUUAAUCCCUCUCUUUGGAGUGCACUAUGUGGUCUUUGCAUUCUUCCCAGAAAGCACUGGUCUGGAAGCUCGCCUGUAUAUUGAGCUGGGCUUGGGUUCUUUUCAGGGUUUUGUUGUCGCUCUUCUCUAUUGCUUCUCAAAUGCAGAGGUUCAAAGUGAAUUGAAGAAGCAACUGUGCAAGUGGCAAUAUCAAGAAUAUCUGAACUUCAUACACAAACACAGGACUUUGUCCAGAGAAAACAGUCCAGUCAACUAUGUCACCCAGUUAUCACUGCUUGAAAAAAUCAGUCCAAAAAGGAAAACAUCUCUGAAUGGUGUAACUUCUGUCUGAGCUUUCCUAGCAGAACGAGUUGCUGGG